AGUGCGCGCACUCACACUCUCCUCAGCGCGCACACGGCGGGCUAAUGUGAUUACGCCUCUAUUAGCUCUGUGCGCGAGACGAGACAGAUCACGCGCGCGCACAGCUGAGUGAGCGCUGGCGAUGAAGCGCUGUCUUCACAUGCAUCACUGAGGAAAUGCGAGGAAUUAAUCAUGCCGUUUUUCUCACGCUGAGAGGCUUUAAAAAUAGAAGUUACACUUUGAAGAAGAUUCAUUGUGUGGUUUAAUAAGUUUGUGGCUCGUAUCAGGCUUUUUUUCACUAAGAUGCCAAAACGGAAAAAAUUAAGUGUUUUCAACUGAAAACAUAAUUUCAGGUGUGAGAGGAAAAAAUUGUGAUUCUCAACAAUGGGGUGUAACGACUCAAUCAAUGGGACGGAUCCUCAGCCGUACACCCUGUUGUUGGCCCUUCCUUUGAGCGUCCUGGUGGGGCUCCUCAUCCUCCUCAUCGUCUUCGGCAACGUGCUGGUGAUAAUCGCUGUGUUCACGAGCCGAGCCCUCCGGGCUCCCCAGAACCUCUUCCUGGUGUCGCUGGCAUCUGCUGACAUAUUGGUGGCCACUCUUGUGAUGCCGUUCUCCUUGGCGAAUGAGCUGAUGGGCUACUGGACCUUCGGCCAGGUUUGGUGCGAAAUCUACCUGGCCUUGGACGUUCUCUUCUGCACAGCCUCGAUCACCCACCUGUGCGCCAUCAGCUUGGACAGGUACUGGUCGAUCACGCAAGCCAUCGAGUACAACCUCAAGCGCACGCCACAGCGAAUCAAGCGCAUCAUUUUUAUAGUUUGGAUCAUUGCCGCCGUGAUCUCCUUCCCGCCUCUUAUUACCAUGGAGAAGGGUGAGGGGAAAUUCUGCAAAAUCAACGAAGAAAAAUGGUACAUAGUUUCCUCGUCCAUCGGCUCCUUUUUCCUGCCUUGCAUCAUCAUGGUCCUCGUCUACAUCCGAAUCUACCAGAUCGCCAAGAAGAGAACCAGAGCGCCUCCUGGGGACCGGAGGAAAAAGGACACCGCGGACAAGAAGGAGAAUGAUCUAGAGAAGGAUCCCCACGAGAAGCUCAACGGGAAUCCGAACCCUGAGCCGGACGACAAGGGCGAGAUCAAUGGCGUGGACAUGGAGGAAUCAUCCUCCUCAGACCACAAGGUCUCCAACCCUUGUUCCCUCAAGAAAAAGAGAUCAAAAGGAAAGACCAAGUUGAGCCAAAUCAAACCGGGGGACAGCGACAAGCAUGAGGUCCUCCAGACCACCAAGACCAGCAGGUGGAAGGGCCGCCAAAACCGGGAAAAGCGCUUCACGUUCGUCCUGGCGGUGGUCAUAGGCGUGUUCGUCAUCUGCUGGUUCCCGUUUUUCUUCACCUACACGUUCACGGCGUUUUGCGAAUGCUGCGUGAAUGAAACUCUCUUCAAGUUCUUCUUCUGGUUCGGCUACUGUAACAGCUCCCUCAAUCCUAUUAUAUACACCAUCUUCAAUAAUGACUUCCGAAGAUCCUUCAAGAAGAUCCUCUGCUGGAGAGAUAACAGGAGAGUGGUGUGAAUGAGCUGCUGUUUUUUUUCUCUCCUCUAUCCAGUGUAAUAUAUCACCUGGCAUUUACAGGAAGUACUUGUGUACAGUAAGCCAACACGUCGUGUGUCAUUAUACAACAAAUCCGGAGUGGGGGAAAAGACUCUUACAUGCUUUGUACAAAUGCAACAAUGCAUGGUUAUGCAAUUACAGCACAAUGCAGAUUCGUCCAUUUCUGAAGUAUUGUUGUGUUGUUCUUGAUAUACAGUGAGUGGUGUCGUUUCGUAACUCUAGUAUUUUAUCAUCUGCCAACGUGGAGGGACAUAUUCGAAGACACUGCAUCACCAACCACACUGGAUGUUGUUCAAAAUAUGAAAAACAAUUUGCAAAGUGUCAAAGGACUACAAGCUUGGCCUUCAAACUACGCUGCAUGUCAACGUGUUCUUAUUUCCCUGACAUUCUGUAUAAUUAAUUGUGAAGGUGUUGAUAUUGUUUGGUGAACUAAUUGUCUUUUUUAUCCCUGCCAGUAACGGUUCAUUUAAAAUCUUGCUGUGGACCAUUAAGCAACAAGAUGUUGAGCUCGUCCGACUGGAACCUGACAUGCCGGUGUCACAACAGAUUUCUCCCGUUUCUGAUGUAGUUUAUAUCUGUCACCAUAGAUAUAAUGGAUGGAUGUGUAGUACCACAACAUGAGGGAUACUUACAAACCAUGUGUCAAACAGCUGGUUUAGCUGGUGAGUUAGUAGAAAUGCACAACAAAAGAGAGGUGAAUAUUCAGCAGAAUAUCGAAUGACUGAGAACAGAGUUUCUCCAGGUCAAGGUGAGGUCAGGCCUCUAGCCAUGCUGGCUUUUUCCCGCAGGAUAUCCAGUUGUAGAGAGAUGGAGUGAGUGUCCAGUCCAAUUGCUAAAAUGUCUGACAACAAAGGUCUUGAAUGACAUCUACAAACUACCCGUCACUGUGCGUUAUUGCCGCAUCUGAAAAACCUAAUCAUGAUGUAUGACUCACUUCAAUAUAUUGGCUGUUUUCUGGUUGUGUUCUCAACGUGUUUAACCAUCGAGGUCUGAAAAAAAAAACUGUUUGCACACACAAAGAGAGAAAACUCUCGAAAAAUAAAAAGUGCAGAGCCUUU